GGGACACUCAGAAUCCAGGAUCCCGCCCGGUCAGCUCUCCAGCCAAUCAGCAGCACUAGUCUGGUCGGCCGCUCUCUCCGGGUUUCCCCCCCACCGGUGACCGCGGCGAGAUAGGCUGCAGCCAGAUGUGGGGCGGGAGAACGGGCGCCUUGCUCCGGGUGUGGGGGCUGUGGCCGGCAGGGGUCCUCGGAAGGAGACCGCUAAGCUGCAAUGCUGCGUCUCUGGCGGGAAGCAAUUCCCCCCAGUGUUGGAACUGCGGCGGCCCAGGGGGCCCCAUGCGGGGACACGAGUUCUUCUGCCCACAGUGCCGCGCGCUGCAGCCACCUGACCCCACUCGAGAUUACUUCAGCCUCAUGGACUGGUACGGGAGGCGGUUUCGGGAAACACGCGGCGGCGAGAGAGACGUCAGAGGCUCAGGAGAUAGGGGCAACCGUGCCUUCAGAGUUGACACAGCAAAGCUCCACACUAGGUACCAGGAACUACAGCGUCUUGUCCACCCUGAUUUCUUCAGCCAGAGGUCUCAGACUGAAAAGGACUUCUCGGAAAAGCAUUCAACCCUGGUGAAUGAUGCCUAUAAGACCCUUCUGGCUCCCCUGAGCAGGGGACUAUACCUUCUAAAGCUCCAUGGACUAGAGAUUCCUGAAGGGACAGAUGAUGAAAUGGACAGGCAAUUCCUCAUGGAAAUAAUGGAAAUCAAUGAAAAACUUGCAGAAGCUCAAAGUGAAGCUGCCAUGAAAGAGACUGAAUCUAUUGUCAGAGCUAAACAGAAAGAAUUGACUGACAGUGUGAGCAGAGCUUUUGAACAAGAUGAUUUGGAAAAAGCCAAGGAAAUUUUAACAAAGAUGAGAUACUUUUCAAAUAUAGAAGAAAAGAUCAAGUUAAAGAAGAUUCCCCUCUAAUGAUUACUAGUUUAAAACUUUCCAAAAAAAAAGUUUCAAAAAUAAAGUUCUUGUAUAUUU